UUCCGCCGACGUUCACUCGGGCGCGCCCUCCGCCGCGGCGAUUGGCUGGCAGGGCGGCGCGUCCGUCGCCGUGGAGACGGCGGCAUGGCCUGGCUGGAGGUGGCGGCGGGCGGCGGGCGGCGGCGGCGGGCCCGGCUGUGCUCCCUGUCGGCGCUGGGGUUGCUGCUGCUGGGCGCGCUCACCUACGUGCCGCCCCUGUUGGUGGCCUACCGGAGCCACGGCUUCUGGCUCUCGCGGAGCAGCUACGCCGAGCAGCCCAACGUCCGCUUCCGGCACGAGGUGCUUCUGGCCGCGCUGACGGAGGGCGGCGGGCCGCUGGGCUGGAGCUCCUUCGCCGCCUGCAAUCGCCUGCUGGGCGCCCGCCUGCGCAUCCCGCUCGUCUCGGCUCGGGAGGAAGACUCCGACCAAGAUGGAGCGAUGGACCUGCUGCGUUUCCGGCUGGAGCUUCCGCUGCUCCCCUCUGAACGGGUGGUGGGGAUUCAGCUCCUGCUGACUUUCUCCUACGAGUUGCACAGAAUAUCCACCUUUGUGAUGCAGAGCAUGGCUUUUUUACAGUCUUUUUCCCCUGUGCCAGGAUCACAGGUAUUUGUAAACGGAGAUCUCAAACUUCAUCAGCGGCAACCCCUUCACCAUGCUGGGCUGGAUAGCAGAUACAAUGUAUCUGUGAUCAAUAGUACAAGUCCUUUUGCCCAAGACUAUGAUUUUGUGAACAUCGUUGAAACAUAUCAGAAGAGGAAUGUUACAACAGUUUUGGCUGGCCCCAGUCCCAUUUGGGUGACUGGAAGAUCACAAGAUCAACCAUUUGUGAUCCAGGCCUUCAUCCAUUAUCCGAUGGAAUUGAUUGUAUAUCAGCCAGGCUUCUGGGAGAUUAUGAAGUUUGCCUGGAUACAGUACAUUAGCAUCCUCCUGAUUUUUUUGUGGAUUUUUGAAAGAAUAAAAAUCUUCCUUCUUCAAAAUCAAGUGCUGAACACAGUGCCGGUGUCUCCGCUUCCCCCGCCACAGUCCUAUAAAGAGCACAAAUCCUGACCAAGCCUGCACAGAGGAAGAACUUUGCUCUCAGUGGCCUCCACUGCUUUGCAUUUGGAAGAUGAGGCUUUCCACAGGAUGGGUUUAUGUAUUAUUUUGCAAAGUUUAUCAGUAUAGAUUUUCUUUCCUGUCCUAUUUUCAGAAAUCUGUUUGUUAUUAUGGUCUAUCAGAUGGCAUAACUAUAAUACAGUGACAAGAUGAACAAUUUAAUGAAAGUUAUACAAAUGA